AUGAAUCUUAAAGUAUACAAAGUGGAUGCAUUUACUGAUCGAUUGUUUAGCGGCAAUCCAGCGGCUGUAUGUCCAUUAGAUCAAUGGUUACCUGAUUCAUUAAUGCAAAAGAUUGCUGCUGAAAAUAAUCUUUCUGAAACGGCAUUUUUUGUACCGAACGUCAACAAUGAUGGAUAUGAACUUCGUUGGUUUACACCUGAAGUGGAAGUAGAUCUUUGUGGACAUGCAGCAUUAGCGACCGCUCAUAUCAUUUUCACGGAAAUGUCAUUUAUGAAUGAUGAAAUCAAAUUUCAAACCAAGCAAGCUGGUGAACUUACCGUUACACGUCAAAAACAUAGUGCUUUAUAUACUCUUAAUUUUCCAGCUCGUCCAGCAGUUAAAAUUGAUUUACCCGAUGGACUGCUAUCUGCCUUGGGUAGUGAUGUAUCGCCCGUGGAAGUUUAUAAAUCAAGAGACCAUAUGCUUGUUUACGAAAAGGAAUCUGAUGUUCAAAAAUUGUCACCGAAUUUUAUGGCUUUAGCCAAAAUUGAUACCAUAUUUGCUGUGAUUAUUACUGCUCCUGGUGACAAAGUCGAUUUUGUUUCGCGACUCUUCGCACCAAUUGCCGGCAUCUCUGAAGAUCCUGUUUGUGGAUCAGCACAUUGCAGUUUAACUCCUUAUUGGGCUGAACGAUUGGGCAAGAAUCAAUUACACGCGUACCAAAUAUCGGCACGUAGAGGUGAACUUUGGUGUGAAAACAAAGGUGAUAGAAUACUAAUAUCAGGCAAUGCAGUUACCUAUUUAAAAGGGGAAAUAAGCGUCUAA